AGUGAAGUAGAUUUUGGGUUAGGAUGUUACAUGAUGUCCCUAAAUGCACCACUGACAUCCACACCUUUCAGCCGACAAUUACCUGGCUAUAAGAAACAGCUGCGCUUCACUACUGAGAGAAGGCAUUUGGCAGUCUUGGCAAUCUAAGGUGGCUGCAGCACUAGGCAGUUGAGCUCCACAUAUCUCUUAAGGAAAGCUACUCAGUUGCCCUUAGAGAGUGUGGAGGUGCGGCCGCUUGUUCAGAGGCUAGGCACGUGAGGUGGAAUCCCCUUCCCGAUGCAUGCGAGUGUACACACCGGGCAUAGGCAGAUUGCACCAUUUAGAGUUUAGUGUGAGUGAGGUUUGCUGUGAAAUCACACGGGUGAGUAAUUGGUGGCACCCUUGGGCACUCCUCCCUGUAGGUUGCCUCCUCAAGUGGCCGGUCUCCACCAUUUUGUUUAGUUGCUUCUUUUAACAUAUUGUGCUUGUUUUAGGGUAGCAUUGUGGUAGGGAGUAUGUCGUUUUAAUCAUUGUUUGGUAAUAAAGUGUUUUAAUUAAUUAUUUUACUCUCUCACCCCUGCUACCCUAGGUGCUUUUUGAUCUUAGUUAUGUUUUAGUAGUUCCUCUUAAUAAACUUUUGAAUUAUAAACUUUCUUUGUCUCACCUCUGCCUUUAAAUAACGAGUCUGUGGGCUUUGGUAGCCAGUGCAAUCCUCUCAUUGGCUAGAGAAAUCUGUCCUGGGGUUGUGGCGCUCUCCCCCCAGGUGGCGUUGUCACUACUUUAGUAACCGUCCCCGGUUAUCUCAUUUUCGCGACACCACAAUCUGGUGUUGUCGACAGGAUAUUUUUAGGCAGAGAUCUGUUGCAUGUUUUGUUUUGUUUUGUGUUGUUUUGUUUUUGGGGGGAUUAAAUCUGUUCGGUUUGUUUGGUUAUUGUAGUGCAGCAGCAAGACAGCAGCAGUGGCAGCGUCGGGACGGAUUUUUUUCUGGUUUUUAUAAAGUGAUAUUUAAAUACUCUGGUUUAUUAUGGAGGAAGAGCUUACACAGCUACGAGACUUGGUAGCUCAGCUGCAAGCAGAAAAUCGGCGGAUGCGGCAAGAGCGAGGGUCGGAGCAACCUGGUACCAGUGCUGCUGCUACAGGAUCAUCCACCAAUGGGCAUUCUGCUGCUUCAGCUCCCGCGACUGAGAGACUGAUUUAUAUUCCUCGGGAAAGGAAGUGCCCAUGGUUCAACGGUAAGACUGGUAUAGGUAUUGCCGAAUGGGUGGAAGAGGUGCAGGCCUGUUUGAGGGUACGACAUCUUUCACCAGCCGACCAAGCCCUUUUCAUCUAUGAUCAUCUAGAAGGCGAGCCCAGAGAAGAGAUUAAAUAUCGGCUUCCAGAGGAGAAAGACGAUCCCGAAAAGAUUUUGACUAUUUUACAGGAACUGUAUGGAUGUACUAAGUCAUAUGUUUCUCUGCAGGAAGAGUUCUUUUCAAGACGACAGCAGGAGGGAGAAACAUUGCAAGAGUUUUCGCAUGCUCUUAUGUGCCUCAUGGACAGAGUUGCGAAACAGUCCCCUCAUGUUCUGCUGAACAAAGAUGUGUUGCUUAGAGACCAAUUUGUUAAAAAUGUGCUUGAUUGUUUCUUACGCAGAGAAUUAAAACAGUAUGUCCGCAGCCACCCUACUGCCACCUUGAUGGAUGUUCGUCAUGAGGCUAUAUUAUGGGAGCGUGGCGGUAUGCCAGGGGGCGGGAGGGAUAGAAGUUACUCGGUUCCCCCGGCGCUAGGCUUCCAACACACCGUCCAGGAGGUCCCUUUUAGAGGUAGUCCGGCAGGUAUUGCAUCCUAUGCCUCUGAAAUACGGGAGUUAAAAGAGAUUCUUAAAAGUCAGCAAGAACAGUUGAAUCAGCUCGCAAAGAGUCUUGCUGCUUUGAAUAGUGCUUCGACAUCAUAUCCUGCCUCACGUAAUAAGGCUGUCAUUUGCAGACGGUGCCAGAAGGUUGGGCAUUUUGCCAGGGAGUGCCCUGGUGAGCCCACAGUCAUGCCUGUGCAGUCAGCUGGUACAGCAACGCAAGCCAGUUUGAGUAAUGUCGUUUGUUCUUCCAUGCAGGAAAACUUCCACCCCCUGAACCAUUGAGCCGAGAUUCAGGUGGGGGCAUCCUAGGCUCAGAGUUUGUACUACCUGACCCGUUGCCGCAGGUUACUGGUAGGAAACCAGUAACCCCCGCUGUCAAAACCAUCACUUCACCCCUCUCUGGGUACGCAUUGUCUGACCUUCGUAUGUUGCAGGAGACUGACCCCGUGAUCCGGGAGUUUCUGCCCUUUUGGAGGCGGAGGCGGGGCCCUGACGCUAAGGAGCGUGGUCGCACUUCAAGGCUGGCCCUCGGGUUGGUCAGGCAAUGGAGUAGGCUAGUGGGGCGGAAUGGAGUGUUAUAUCGGAAGGUCUGUCAUCCAAGGAGAGGAGAGACACUGCAGGUAUUGCUGCCCAAGUCCCUUCAGGGUCAAGUGUUGCAACAUGUGUGCCAGGAGCAUGGUCAUCAGGGUGUUCGGAGCACGGUAGAUGUGGUUUCUCAAUGGUGCUACUGGGUAGGGAUGUAUAGAGACGUCCAACGGUGGUGCCAGGAGUGUGAGCGAUGCCAGUCGGCUCAAGAUGCACCAACCCAACCGAAGCAAAUCCCUGUAGCUGAUUGGCGUAAGACGCGCCACGACCAGCAAGCUAAGGAUGCUCCCCUGCGAGAAGGUCAGCUGGUUUAUCUGAAGAAAGUUGAGCUCAGAGGUUGUGAUAAAAUUCAGGAUGUUUGGAGUUCGGUGGUGUAUAAAGUGCUUAAGGCCCCUGACCAAAAUGGGUCCGUGUACACUAUUGCUCCGGUAGAUAGCCUAAGUCAAGUGAAACAUGUCCACCGUUCACUACUAAAGAAUAAGGUGGAAGGUGCGACUACCUGCCCCCCCAGUGCUCCGAUCCAAACAUUAGAAACUACCCCUGUAGAAGAACUGAUGCAAGAUGGCGAGUGGGUUUUAUUGGUCUCGGAACCUACUCCAGCCCCAAGCAGUUGCCAACAAAGACCAGAGACUCCUAGCCCUCGUAGGUCAGAUGAGCUAGAACCCUCAACGUCCUCCGCGGGGUCGGCCUGCCCUGACCAGCUGCCAGUUAUGGCUGGUGUUCAUAACGAUAUAGCCCCUUUACGCAGGACUAAUCGUGGUAAUGCUGGGACGCACCCAAAUCCGCACCAUUUGCCCCAGGCAGCAGGAAGUAGAGCAAUAGAGGCCGUGAACUCACAGGCACCUGUGCCUACUACAGUUACCCUGUUUAGACCUUGGCAGUGAGUGUCAAUCGUCGGGACGACGAUUCAAAUCUCGGGGGUAGAUUGUAGUGAAGUAGAUUUUGGGUUAGGAUGUUACAUGAUGUCCCUAAAUGCACCACUGACAUCCACACCUUUCAGCCGACAAUUACCUGGCUAUAAGAAACAGCUGCGCUUCACUACUGAGAGAAGGCAUUUGGCAGUCUUGGCAAUCUAAGGUGGCUGCAGCACUAGGCAGUUGAGCUCCACAUAUCUCUUAAGGAAAGCUACUCAUUGCCCUUAGAGAGUGGUAAGUGCGACUUUUGUUUAUCAUACUGUGGCAUAGUAGGGUGGACUCUGACUACUGUUUCCCUCUCUUGUUGCAGGUGUGCAUUAGACUGCUGCUGUCUUGUCAGAUGCCGUUUUGUUUGUUAUGCACUACUUUUAUAACGUAUAGUGAUUUGGGAUGUGUUGGUUUUAUGUAGAUCUUUUAUUGAUUGUAUAACAUUUUAUCUUUUCUUUUAUUGCUUUAGUGGAGGUGCGGCCGCUUGUUCAGAGGCUAGGCACGUGAGGUGGAAUCCCCUUCCCGAUGCAUGCGAGUGUACACACCGGGCAUAGGCAGAUUGCACCAUUUAGAGUUUAGUGUGAGUGAGGUUUGCUGUGAAAUCACACGGGUGAGUAAUUGGUGGCACCCUUGGGCACUCCUCCCUGUAGGUUGCCUCCUCAAGUGGCCGGUCUCCACCAUUUUGUUUAGUUGCUUCUUUUAACAUAUUGUGCUUGUUUUAGGGUAGCAUUGUGGUAGGGAGUAUGUCGUUUUAAUCAUUGUUUGGUAAUAAAGUGUUUUAAUUAAUUAUUUUACUCUCUCACCCCUGCUACCCUAGGUGCUUUUUGAUCUUAGUUAUGUUUUAGUAGUUCCUCUUAAUAAACUUUUGAAUUAUAAACUUUCUUUGUCUCACCUCUGCCUUUAAAUAACGAGUCUGUGGGCUUUGGUAGCCAGUGCAAUCCUCUCAUUGGCUAGAGAAAUCUGUCCUGGGGUUGUGGCGCUCUCCCCCCAGGUGGCGUUGUCACUACUUUAGUAACCGUCCCCGGUUAUCUCAUUUUCGCGACACCACACUUAUAUACAUG